GGAGUAUUCUUCCAUCCUCUCCUUACUAGUUUUCUAAACUUACCGAAGUGCCCUUCUAUUUCAUUUUCCUUUCCUCUUAAAAUCAUUAUGCUGAUCUCAUUACAUGAGCUUCCACUAAGUCUUCUCUCCACAUCGCUCCAUCCUCUACUUAUUUCCCAAUUCGUAGCCCUUUUAUAGAGAUGUUUGCCUUUGGUAGAUCUGCAUUCUCCCAAAUUUAACUUUACUCUGGUGUCAAAAAUGGGCUUCGACUAUGCCUUAGUGUUAGUACAUUAAUCUCAAUAUUCCCUGAUGGAGCUGACGAUUGAUUAAGUCAUCUCAAAUAUACCAUUCCACCGGCCAUCACCCUGACAUUCGUUUAUCGACCUUUCCUUCAACGUAUAGAUAUCUAUAAGAUACUGUUUCUCAUAUCUAUUGCUGUCGUUUCUACAAUCCCUUGGGAUUCAUAUCUCAUCCACCGGAAAAUAUGGACAUACCCAUCCAAUGUGAUUGUUGGCCCCAAGCUGUUUUCAAUUCCUGCUGAAGAGCUAUUCUUUUUUGUGAUACAGACAUACAAUACCACUCUCCUCUACUUGCUAUUAAGCAAACCAAUCUUUCAUUCGACCUACCUUUGGUCGUGGGAUGGUUUGGGUGAUAGGCAACGGAGUCCUUGGAGUCUGCACCUUCAUCCUAAGACUGCAAGGAAAUUGGGUCAGCUAAUCCUUAUAUCUCUCAUUACAAUCGGAGUCCUUCUCAUUGUGCAAAACGGAAAGGGCACAUAUCUAGGAUUGAUUUUGACUUGGGCGGGACCAUUCGCACUACUGUUAUGGAGCCUAUCCUACGAGUUUUUGAUCAGACUACCCUAUUCGACUACUCUAUUGCCAAUUACUUUACCCACCUUAUAUUUAUGGGUAGUAGAUACUUUGGCACUGAAGAGAGGCACGUGGACAAUUGAGACAGGGACGAAAUUAGGUCUGCAAUUAUGGGAUGGACUUGACAUCGAAGAAGCCGUGUUUUUUCUCGCAACCAACAUACUUAUUGUGUUUGGUCUUGUCGCUUUCGAUCAUGCACUGGCUAUUUUGUUUACAUUUCCAACAUUGUUUCCGAGCGUUCCUGUAUACCCCUCCCCAAGAAUGCUUGUGCGCGCCCUUACAACAGACACAUGCAAGUACGAUACGUAUCGGAUAAGGGGUAUUCAAGAAGCUGUGAACAGGUUAAAGAGAAAGAGCAGGAGUUUCUAUUUGGCCAGCUCGGUCUUUCACGGUCGUCUUCGAAUUGACUUGAUUUUAUUGUAUGUAUAGCAUAGAUAUCCUAACCGUUUCUUCCAAUCUUUACUGAUGUGGUCUAGAUACUCAUUUUGCAGAGUCGCCGAUGACCUUGUUGAUGAUGCGAAUACUGACUCUGAGGCUCGAGAAUGGAUUACUAAACUCACACGCUACCUUGACCUGGUUUACGCACCAAAGGAAACCAUCAACGUGACUGACCCGUUGCGGCCCCGCCUUAAUACAUACAUUCAGGAUAGCUUCCCGCCAUCUUCAUAUUGGGCACUUCGGUUUCUACCGACUCACAUUCUGUCAUCUGCGCCUUUGUACGAGUUACUAGCAGGAUUCAAGACGGAUUUGGAAUUUCAUCAAGCGGAUUCUUCCAACGAGGCCAGAGGAUUUCCCAUUCAAAAUGAAGAUGAUCUCAUUGCAUACAGUGCAAGAGUUGCUGGGACGGUAGCUGAAAUGUGCUUGGAAUUAAUUUUUCACCAUACUUCAACUGCUAUUCUAUCUCAUCAACGUAACGAUCUUAUCCACGCUGGCGCACGGAUGGGAAUAGCUCUACAGUAUAUCAACAUUUGUAGAGAUGUGACAGUGGAUGCUGGGAUUGGAAGAGUAUAUCUUCCCGCUUCAUGGCUCGAGAAAGAAAGCUUGAAACCUCAACAGAUUGUGAACAACCCUACUGGGCCAGUUAUCGUCAAACUACGGGAAAGGUUACUAGAAAAGGCUUUUGCCAUCUAUCGGGAGGCUCGCCCUGCCAUUGAAAAGAUUCCAGGAGAUGCCAAGGUAUCAAUGAGAGUUGUUGUUGAGAGUUAUGUUGAGAUAGGAAGAGUGAUGAGAGAACGAGAAUGUAAAAUUACCCAAGGUCGGGCUACAGUACCGAAACUGAGGCGUAUUGGAGUUGUUUGGAAAGCUUUGAACCAGCGUUGACUCUUUUUGAGAUACCAUUAGCACUGUUGUUGUCCAGCAUACAUACCAUCUAGAGAUACAAUACGAGGAAUUGCGAAUCGAGGAUGACUGGAGCUCUGUGGCUGCUGACUGUAAUAUAUAUGAAAGCUAUGAAGUAGAUAAAAUAGGAAGAGUA